AUGUCCACAAAAACCUGUGAUCCCAAUUCUGAACCGGCUGGCGUUGACAAACCAGGCUCAACGAGCUUUCCCUCUCAUUUCUCCUCCGGCUUGCAAGAGGCAAUCUUCAUCCUUGUCAUCGGCCUGUCCCAGCUUUUCUCCGUCGGCGGGAUUGGCAACACGGCCUUCUCGGUGGAACAAAUUGGCAGCGCGCUGAAUGCGACCAGCAAUGCACAAACCUCGUGGUUCCUUGCGGCAUACGCGCUGUGCAGCGGAGUCUUCGUUCUGGUAGGGGGGCGCCUCGGAGACCAUUUCGGACACAAAUAUGUGUUUCUCUUCGGCUGGAUCUGGAUGGCCAUCUGGUCUCUGAUCAGCGGGUUUGCGCACAACGUAAUCCUUUUCGACUUUGCUCGAGGGAUGACGGGGGUCGGUAAUGGCGCUCUGGUUCCCAACUCCUUUGCUCUUCUGGCGCGAGCCUUUCCACCGUUAUCAGUCAAGAAAAACAUCGCGUUCGCCUUUCUUGGUUUCUGCGCCCCGGCAGGCUACAUCUUCGGCGGUCUGAUCGGGGCGGCGUUUGCAGAAAAGGUCACCUGGCGAUGGGGAUUCUGGUUCUGGGCCAUUGGCUGUCUCGUCCUGGGUAUCGCCACGAUGGUGGUAGUCCCCCACGGUGUUGGCUCUCCUAUUCCGGGGUUGAGUCUGAGGCAGUUUGACUAUAUUGGGACGUUCACCGGCAUCACGGGUCUCGUUCUGUUUGCGUUUGCGUGGAAUCAAGCAUCCGUGGUCGGGUGGCACGAGCCUUAUACAUAUGUCCUUUUGAUUGUCGGCAUCAUCUUUAUUAUCGCCUUCGUGUUCUCGCAGUCUCGGGUGCCUGCCCCAGUACUGCCCAACUCUCUUUGGACCCGCCGAGGGUUUGCCCCGGUGGUGACGGCCAUGUUCUUCGGCUGGAUGAGCUUUAGCAUUUUCCUGUACUACACGACCACCUUCAUCCUCAGUGUUCAUCGGGAGCGGCCUCUCUCGGCCGUCGCCGAGAUGGUUCCCUUGGUGAUUGGGGGCUUGUUUGCGACAGCCUCGGUCGGCAUCUUCAUCUCUCGGGUCCGGGCACAGUACAUCUUCGGAGUAUCGAUGUUUUCCUUCUUCAUUGGCGAUCUGCUGAUGAGCUUUGCCCCGUACUCGGAGGUCUACUGGGCGUUUAUCUUUCCUGCCUGCUUACUCGUUGUUGGAGGACCCGACUUGUCGUUCGCGUCAUCGGGGAUCCUCAUCACCAAUGCGGUGCUGCCGGAGGAGCAAGGGGCAGCCGGGUCCUUUAUCUCUACCGUGGUGCAGUAUGCCAUUGCUAUUGGGCUGGGAAUUGCUGCCACCGUGGAGGGACAUGUCGACCAGGGUGGAAGCAACAUGAUUAUGGGAUUCCGGGGUCCUUAUUGGCUGGGGGUAGGGUUUGCGGCGGUUGCGUUCCUGGUGGUGGUGCUGUUUGUGAGAGAUCACCGGUUUGAUGGGGAGCUGGCAAGCGACGAGGAGAGCUGUGCGGUAGAUGAAGAGAAAGACCUGUAG